ACAAUAUUUCAACGUUGUAAAAUUCAGCUCCUGUCACAAUAUGUUCCGAAAGCAACCGUUGCUUGUUUCAACAGUACUUCUUAAAUCGACCGAAAAGCUGUUGCAUUCGUUUUCAAGGCGAAAUGUUUCUAAGAGAAAUUACCUUAGUCGCAUGUAUUUACUUCCUCCCUCCAAACUGAGAGACACUGGACUGACGUCUAAAAGUCAAAAUUUGUUCCUGCAUAAUGAGAUAUUAUUUCCCUGCCACAACGGAGCAUUCUAUUACCUUCCCCUUGGAUUGCGUGCCUUGGAGAAGUUAACAAGACUGAUCGAUGAAGAAUUGCAAAGCAUCGGUGCCCAGAAAAUCUCCAUGCCCACCAUGGUGACAGCUGCUCUUUGGAAGAAGACAGGAAGAUGGGGCACAGAUGAACUCUUUAAGCUGAAAGACAGACAUUUAACAGAAUACUGUCUCGGUCCAACCCAUGAAGAACUAGUUACAAGUCUGGUGGCCCAGUUUGAAAGACUUUCAUAUAAAAGGUUUCCACUUAUGCUUUAUCAGAUAACAAGAAAGUUUAGAGAUGAAAUGCAGCCCAAGUUUGGACUCUUAAGGGGCAGAGAAUUUGAAAUGAAGGACCUGUAUACAUUUGAUCUCGAUGAGGAAACUGCCAGAGAAACGUACAGUUUGGUUUGUGACACUUACCACACAAUAUUUCACCGGCUCCAACUGAACUAUAUGAAAGUUGAGGGGGCAACAGGGAACAUAGGGGGUAAGAUGUCCCAUGAGUAUCAUCUUCCAGCAAGUAUCGGGGAGGACUCACUGUUUAUUUGUGAUAAGUGUGGCUUUGGAUCAAACAUUGAAUUAAUUGAUGAACAGAAUCAGAGUGAAGAUGUGGCUUGUCCGCAGUGUCAGUCAGCCAUGAAAAUACAAACUGGCAUUGAGGUGGGUCAUGCUUUUUUGCUGGGGACAAAAUAUUCCGAAGUUCUUAAUGCAAAAGUGACCAACAAAGAGGGCAAAAGAAUCACUACAGAGAUGGGAUGUUAUGGUCUGGGAGUCAGUCGUAUACUGCAGGCUGGCGUGGAGGUGUUACAUGAUGGUGAAAGUAUACGCUGGCCCAGGCUUAUAGCUCCAUACCAGGUUGCCAUUUUACCACAGAAAAGUCAGGACAGUGGCCCAUUUCUGAAACUGUCAGACGAACUGUAUGACCGCCUGUGUUCACUGCCCUCUCUGCGACAUGAUGUGGUGAUUGAUGACCGCGUGGACAGGACCAUAGGCUGGAGAAAGAACCAGCUCAACAGACAGGGGUUCCCAUACAUUAUAGUGGUUGGGAAGAAGUGCCAGGAAGAUCCAGCCCAGUAUGAGUUGAUAGACACCUAUAGUGGUACCACAGACUUUCUCUCUCUAGACCAGCUUAUUGACACACUCUCCAUGCUUCACACUUUGUGAUUAUACCAGUCUAAGCUCAAUUGAUGUGUUUUUAGCUGUACUGGCCAAAGGCCAGAAGAGCUUAUGCGAUGGUAAUGUGUACGUAGUAUGUGCAUCGGGGCGUCUGUAAACAAUUGCUUGUUAACAUGAUACAGCCUUCAGUUUUGAUUGUAUCUCGAUGAUACUUGUACAGUAUCUACAUAUCCAUUAGAGCUUGGUUCCUUUUGAAAACCAGCCAGACCCGCCCAUGCAUGCCUAGAUUUUAGGCCUUGAUAGUAUAAAAAAUGUUAUUGUGUAAACAAUUGCUUGUUAACACGAUACAGCCUUCAGUUUUGAGUGUAUCUCGAUGAUACUUGUACAGUAUCUACAUAUCCAUUAGAGCUUGGUUCCUUUUGAAAACCAGCCAGACCCGCCCAUGCAUGCCUAGAUUUUAGGCCUUGAUAGUAUAAAAAAUGCUAUUGUGUAAACAAUUGCUUGUUAACACGAUACAGCCUUCAGUUUUGAGUGUAUCUCGAUGAUACUUGUACAGUAUCUAGAUAUCCAUAAGAGCUUGGUUCCUUUUGAAAACCAGCCAGACCCGCCCAUGCAUGCCUAGAUUUUAGGCCUUGAUAGUAUAAAAAAAAUGCUAUUGUGUAAACAAUUGCUUGUUAACACGAUACAGCCUUCAGUUUUGAGUGUAUCUCGAUGAUACUUGUACAGUAUCUAGAUAUCCAUUAGAGCUUGGUUCCUUUUGAAAACCAGCCAGACCCGCCCAUGCAUGCCUAGAUUUUAGGCCUUGAUAGUAUAAAAAAUGCUAUUGUGUAAACAAUUGCUUGUUAACACGAUACAGCCUUCAGUUUUGAGUGUAUCUCGAUGAUACUUGUACAGUAUCUACAUAUCCAUUAGAGCUUGGUUCCUUUUGAAAACCAGCCAGACCCG